CACAGGGAGAAAUUUUCCUCCUUUCCAUUCCAGAUCCAGGUAAGCCACCAUGAUGGUUCCCCGGCCCGUAACAUCCUGGUUAAUGUGAAGCUGCAGGGCGUUUCCCAGGUUGUCUCCACCAGCAACAGCAGGGUCACCAUCAACAUGCCCAGCUCUCAACAGCCACAAAUCAUCACUGCUGAGACCACGCAGGCAGACCUGAGACCAGAUCAGCAGGCCAAGAAACAAAUCACCGUUCAGCCGUACGUCACCUUUAACCCACGCCAAAAGAACUACCUGCACAUCUCCACAGUGACCGCCACGGUUUCUGUAGAAGACACACUGUCCCUGAAGCUGAGCAUCGUUCCUGCGGACCCCACACACAGAAAAUACAUUAAACACAUUACCUACCUGGUGCUGAAUAAAGGCAAAAUCAUUGUGGCGGAGCGUGUAGAUGUGACGGGGCAGCUGGUCACCGGCGUCGGACUGAAGGUCACCCCGGAGAUGAUGCCGUCGUUCCGUUUUGUGGCGUUCUACAGUAUUCCCUGGGCAGGGAUGGAGGAGGUGGUGCCAGACUCCAUCUGGGUAGAUGUGGCAGAUUCCUGUGUUGGAGGGCUGAAAAUUGGGCCGGUGAAUGAUAUACGUCGAGAUUACACUCCUGGGAAGAACUUUAGUUUUAAGAUCAGAGGCGAUCCGGGGUCAAAGGUCAGCCUGGUGGCUGUGGACAACGCUGUGUAUCUUCUCAACAGGGACAGACUUACACAGAGGAAGAUUUGGGGUGUGGUGGAGCAGGGAGACAUCGGCUGCACCCGGGGGGGUGGCAGAGAUGCCAAGGCGGUGUUCUCAGAAGCAGGGCUGCUCUACGCCUCCAGCGCCGGGUUUCAAACCACAACCAGACAAGCCCUGCGGUGUCCAGGCAGUGCCAGAAGGAGGCGCUCUGCUGAACAGUUGCAGCGUAAAGCCGAGCUGGAGAGCCAUUACCAGGAGAAGCUGCAGCGUCGCUGCUGUUUGGACGGCCUCAGGGCGAUCCCCAUGCCGUACUCCUGUACGCGACGCUCCCUCUACAUCACAGAGGGCUGGGAGUGCAUGAAAGCCUUCCGAUACUGCUGCGCCACUUACAGGAACCAAGAGUUUAACACCCAGAUUCCCACCACCCCACCACCCUUUACAGCUCCCCCUACCACCUCCCCUCCACCCUUGCCCACUUUAAACUAUAUUGAAGGUUUUCUCGUUAUGGCAGAAGAAUCAGCGGGAAGUAAGUACUACGUCAACCUUAUAUUUCCCAUUCUGUUUAAAUCAGGGGUCUCAAACUCAACUUACUUGGGGGCCGCUGGAAGUAGAGUCUGGGUUUGGCUGGGCCGCAUCAAGUAUUCAAAAAAAACCCCUCUAUUUCCUCCAAACAGGGCGCGGAACUGCCGGUGCUUUAAGCCCCUAGAUCUGAUAUGGUUGGUGAAUUUCACAACAACAGACAUCACAGCAACAAGGCAAGAGGUAGAGGAGGAAGAGGAGGAAGAGGAGGACAAGGAGGAGUAUCUGGAUGCGACUCAAGUGUAUCUGCGAUCCAGGUUCUACGAAUCUUGGCUGUGGACGGAUGUUACCCUUCCCAGCCAGGCAGACAGAGACGGGUUAGCGUCUAAGAAUGUGGACAACCCCUUACCUGACAGCAUCACGGAGUGGGGAGUUCUGGCCAUCAGUGCAUCGCCUCAAACAGGUUUCUGUGUCGCUGAACCUUACAAUGUCAGAGCAUGGAAGCGUUUCUUUGUGGACCUGAAGCUGCCGUAUUCAGUGGCGAGGAACGAGCAGGUCGAGAUUAAAGCUGUGGUCCAUAACUACGAUGACGACGACCUGCAUGUGAGGGUGGUGCUGAUGAAGACAGAAGGUAUGUGCAGCAUUGCCUUUAAGAAGAGUCACACACAGGAAGUGACGCUGCCGGCCGGCUCUUCUGUUGCGGUGCCUUACACCAUCGUACCGCUGGUGGUGGGGAAACUUCCUCUGGAGGUGAUGGUGGUGGCCAGAGGCACGACGGCAGGAGACCGCAUCCAGAAACAGCUACGUGUGGUGCUGGAGGGAGUGCAGAAGGUUGAAGUUCGGAGUGUGAUGUUGAGCCCGUCUGCCGAGGGAGGAACACAGACGGUUCGGGUGCGCAAGAUCGAACUGCAGUCAGUUGUGCCAAACUCUUGGCCAGAGACAUUCAUCAAUGUCAGAGGCAAUGUGUUGGCAGACUGCAUUGAUAACUCUAUCAGUGAGGACUCUCUGGCCUCCCUGAUCCAGAUGCCCGGUGGCUGUGUGGAGCAGAACUUGGCAAGCAUCACGCUGCCGCUCAUCGCCACCCUCUACCUGGAUCGAACCAACAGCUGGGAGAGUGUAGGGGUGCAGCGCAGGGCUGAGGCUCUCCGGUACAUCAGGAGAGGCUACGAGAACCAGCUGGCAUACAGAAAGAGUGAUGGCUCUUACCCCCCCUACAGGAGGGAAGGUGCAAGUACAUGGAUCACGGCGUACGUGGUGAAAGUUUUCUCCAUGGCUUACUCCAUCACGGGCAUUGACGAGCAGCAAGUGUGCGAACCUCUGCUCUACCUGGUGAACAACAAACGCGAGAUUUUUGGCUUCAGAGAGGACAACCCAGUUUAUACUACUACCAUGACUGGAGGUCUCCGUGGUGAUGACCCCGAGACAACGCUGACAGCCUUCGUCCUCAUAGCGCUCGCCGAGGCUAAGCAGGCUGGGAUCCGCUGCAAUGAGGAAAGACUAAAGGUAGCUGUUGUCCAUAACACAGCUGAAUACCUGAAGAGGGCGCUGAUGGAGAGGAGGAGUAGGAGGCCCUACACUGUGGCCAUCACCUCGUACGCGCUGGCUCUGCUGGGAAAGGCUCAGCACUUCAGCCCGACACCAUUUUUACUCCGAGCUGCAGCUCCAGGUGGCAGCCACUGGCGCGACAGUCAGAACCCCUUGUUCACCCUGGAAGCGACCGGCUACGCCUUGCUAGCUCUGGUGAAGUUGGGGCGCAUGGAGGAAGCUGCAGCGCCGUUUAAAUGGCUGAACAGCCAGCGGAGGAGAGGAGGAGGCUUCGGCUCCACUCAGUCCACCAUGGUGGUGCUCCAGGCGCUGUCCGAGUACCUGACAAACAAACCUCCUGAGGAUGUCCAUCUGGAUGUGGAGGUCAGGAUAACAGGGCGCAAAGAAAUCCGCUACCAUUUCAACCCGGUGAACGCCUACGCUGCUCGCUCCUCCAGGUUGCCUGCUGAUCUUGGUUUGGAAGUGCAAGCUCAAGGGAAUGGACAGGGAAUACUGGAGGUCGUGACCCAUUACAACCAGCUGCCAGAGGUGGAUGAGAAGAUGCCCUGCAAGGACUUUGAGUUUAGCGUCGCUAUCGAAGAAUCCAGCGAAAAGCCUCCAGCUGAUGUGGAAAAGUCCUACCAGCUCACCAUCAAAGUGAGGGCUUUAGGACCCAGAGAUGUCCGGAUGGUGAUUCUGGAUAUAAAUCUGCCCACCGGCUUCACCCCAGAAAACUCCGACCUGGAGAUGUUGUCGAAGUCAGUGGACCGUUACAUCAGUAACUUCCAGAUUGUUGAUAACCUGAGUGACCGAGGCUCUCUGAUCAUCCACCUGUUCAAGGUGUUUCACAAAGAGCCAGAGAUCCUGAUCUUCAGGCUUCAGCAGAACUUCAAAGUGGGCCUCCUCCAGCCAUCCUUGGUGACUGUCUACGAGUAUUACAACCCAGAUCACCGCUGCAGUCGUACCUACACUCCCAGAGAGGACAAAGAGGCGCUCGCUCAGAUCUGCAGGGACAACGUCUGCCGCUGCACGCAGGGUGACUGCUGCGUCCCAAAAACAGACGGUGAAAACUUCCUCAAUAAAGAAAGAGAGGUGUUCGCCUGCAAGACUUUACACCACGUUUUCAAGGUGAAGGUGCUGAGUGUCAGCCAGAGUUACUACGACAAAUAUGAGAUGGAGAUCGUGCAAAUUAUCAAGCUGGGUGAGGAGGCAGGAGUCGUAGUGGGUCAGACGAGGUUCUUCUUGUCUCACGGAGGCUGCAGGGAUGGAAUCAACCUGAAGCAGGGCUCCGAGUACCUCAUCAUCGGCCCCAAAGAGGACCAUUGGAACACUGAUAGUGACACCAACAGAGCCAUCUACCUGCUGGGAAAAGACACCUGGGUGGAGCGCUGGCCUACGUCUGCAGAGUGCUCCAGCAUGCAGGCUAAAUGCAAGAGCCUCAGUGAUACUGUGGAGGAACUGUCUGUCAACGCCUGCAGGGUGUAGACGCGUCUGAGCCGCAACCUCACACCUUUAUCAUGUGAUGGUUUAAGCUGGAGUAAUAAUGGCAUUUAAAUAAUUUGUUUGUGUUUUCAUUGUAGAAAAAAAGAACUGAAGUGGAGUUUGUUAUAGCAACAUACCCAUAAGGUUUUUCUUUACUGUAAUGAUAUAACACUGAGAAAUAACUAAAUAUCACUAAUAAAAGAAAAAUAAACUGACCUCUCAAGGGGUAUUAUCUCUUUUAUAGAAUAGUUAACACAAAAACAGUCGCAAUGCCUACUGUAAUAUGAGCUAAAAUAAAACAUAUUGAUGAUAAAAGGAUGGAUUAAUACAACAAACUGUAGCAAAAGACCCCGUCUUCAUUAUC